CACUUUUCAUAUUUAUGCAAUCACUCUUUUCUUUCUGUUUUUUAAUAGAAUAAAAUAUGAGUCAAAAUACCUUGAAUAAUCCAACAGAACAAAAGACUUCUAAAAGUCAUCCAAUAAAGUAUGUAAACUAUAAAAGCCAUCAUAAACUAAUCUUUUGUCUAGGAUCAGUUGGAUCAUUCCACCGGACAUUCAGUUAUACUUGUCAAAUAAUGACUUACCAAAGAAUCAUGACCUUUAUGACUGUAUGGAACCAUCUAUUAGAGAACAGCUUCUGUCUAUGUCCAAUCGACAUCCUCCCUCAUUGCUCAAAGGAAAUUUAUGUCUGAGUUCAUGUCCAGGGAAGAAAGUACGUUUGUCUGGUCCAGUCAGAGGCAGAGCAAGUAUCAACAGAGACCUUGAUGCAGAUCUUUCAAGGAUGAAAUCAUUCGGAAUUACCUUGAUUGUUUGUUGUUUAGAUGAUUAUGAAAUGGAACUUUUAGGUGCACCAUGGCCAAAAUAUAGAGAAAUUGCAGCAAAAAAUGAUAUAAAGGUGCUCAGAUUACCCAUGAUCGAAGGUAGUUGCCCAGAGACCAUAGAGGAAGCACAACAUGCAAUUCAUAUCGUGAAUAAUGAAAUGAAUAAAGGAAAUAACGUAUUAGUCCAUUGUAGAGGAGGUGUAGGAAGAGCUGGUUUAUUUGCUUGUUGUUGGUUAUUAGAAAACUCAUUAUGUAAUACUGCAGAGAGAGCCAUUGCGGUUGUUAGAACCCAAAGAAGUCCCAAGGCUAUUGAAACACUAAGACAAGCGGAUUAUAUUAUCCAUUAUGCCAAAUCAUUGAAACAGAGAUCGAAAUUGACAGAGCAACAUCAGACGUUGACCACUACUACUCCGACGAUAGAUGUCAUGAACCCUUUCCCGAAAUCAAAGUCGCAACCCACCAAUUCUGAAGUCGCAAGUUGACAGCUAUCAUAAAGAAUAUACUUUUAAUAGUUUUAUUUAUUGCUGCUGUACAUAAAUAAAUUAAAGAGAAUUCUUUUC